CAAAAUCAAUCGCAUUGGGUAACAGGCUGAGAGGCUGUUUGCAGAGCUAGUUGAAGAUGAAUGUCAGAGGACUUGGAUCUCAGCUAAAGGACAGUAUUCCAGUUACUGAACUUUCAGCAAGUGGACCUUUUGAAAGUCAUGAUCUUCUUCAAAAAGGUUUUUCUUGUGUGAAAAAUGAACUUUUGCCCAGUCAUCCUCUUGAAUUAUCAGGAAAAAAAUUCCAGCUCGACCAAGAUAAAAUGAGGGGUAAUGAUGAAACUACUGGAUUUGAAGGUAUUCUUAAUGACCCAUCACAAAGUGAACUAAUGGGAGAACCACAUUUGAUGGUUGAAUAUAAACUCGGUUUACUGUAAUACAGUGUGCUGUUCAUGGAAAGAGAUGGGUUGCAUCUUGUUUAGAGUUGUCUUUUUACUAUAACUUGAUGUGCACAACAUUAGAAGUACUGACACAU